AUGGUGCUGGUGGUUGCUUCUAGGGGCCUGGGACCUGGCCCAGCGAGGUGCCAGGCUCUGCCAGCGCCUCGUUCGGUGGCCAGCUGCUGGGAGGAGGCGGCCAAGGCGCACCAGGGGCGCCUGACGCUGCCUCUCUUCAGCCUGCGGGAUGGCAGGCAGCCCUGGGACCUGCAGCCUGUGUUUCAGGGCUUCCAGGCAGCCCUUCAACUGGACCUGGAGCAGUGGGCGCUUUGCACAGCGUUUCAAGAGCUGAGCCGCCUUGGGCAGGGCUCUACAAACGCCCUGAACCAGCAGCUGCAGCCCCAGCUGCUUGACCAAGAAGAGGCGGCGGCGACGGCAGGAGCGGUUCCCGCCUUCUUGCUGCUCACUGCCCGCACUCCGCACAUGAACGGCCAUCUGCGCUUGGCCACCGCCACCGUCGACGUGGCCCUGUCCAGCGCCAUCAUCCAAGACUGCGGACUCACGCCGCUGCCGGCAUUGGCCUUGCCGCUGCUGGACAGAGAGAAGUUCCGGUGCCAGCCGCAGCCCCUGCCAGAGUUGCCGCCAGCGGUCAAGACCAUGCGCUUCCUGCUGCGCCCGGCGGAGCCGCCGUGUGCCGACACGGCUGCUGCGGGCGCUGAUGGCUCAGCCCACCAGUUCAUUACGCUGGAGGCACCUGUACUGCUGGUGCCAGGCCCAGCGUGCACAGCAGCGCCGGUGCCGGGAGCACCCAUCUCCGCCUUUCCCGACCUGUUCCAGCCGGUGGCGGUGCCAAAGGUGGCGGUGGAGCUCUGCUUUGCGCCAGAGGGCUGCCAGCCGGCCAGCCUGUCCAGCCUGCUGGCCCAGGAUCUGGUGCUGGACGAUGGCGGCCUGGUGCUGCCUGCGGUGGUGGUGGAGGAGGAUGGCGGGGAGGCCGCGUCAGGCGUGGCGCUGCUGCCGCUCAUCCGGUCCGACUGCGGCUGCAAGCCAGCCAACACCGCCCACCUGGCUCUGUACCUUGACUGGUCUCUAUCCAGCACACAGCCAGCAGCACGGCCGCCCGAGCUGACCGCUGCCAUGCGCAGCGUGAGGCAGCAGCUUCUGCCAGCACGCAUGCCUGCGACUGCAUUGGCGGUGCAAGCCAGCGGAUACCGCGCCGCACUGCUGCAGCAGCUCGUGGCUCCAUUCCAGGCGGGCACAGGAGCCUCACUGCAGGCAGCAGCAGCAUCAACAGGCGGAGUGCAGUUCAAGCUGCUACCACAGCCUGCACCACGGCAGCAGGCAGGCGAACAGCAGGCGGGCGCUGCCGCCAGGCCUGCUGCCGGCCGCAGCGGUCAGCAAGUGGCCAAGCGUGCCACGCGAGGCGCGGCAGCAGCAGACGGGAUGCAGUAUUUUCUUCAGCUGCAGCGCGGCUGCCUCGGGGCGGUGGCUGGCGCAGGGGCAGGCCCGGCCGCCCCAGCAGAGGCAGGCGCCACCACGGCCUCCAGCAGCAGCAGUGGCGACAUGGCAGAUGCCCUGGAGCUGCACCACCGCCAGCCCUCCACCUCUGUGCACUCUGUGCAGCUGCCGCCGAGCCAUGCCCAGCUGCUGCGCCUGCUGCUCGAGGACGAGCAGCGGCUGGUGCGGUCGGCGGCGCAGCCCGGCAUGCCGCCUGAGGUCGCCCGCUCCGACUUCCUGUCUGUGGAGGUGCUGCAGCGGGCGCUGGAGCAGGCAGCAGGCCAGCCCGGCAAGCGCGACCUGCUCAAGGUGUAUGCAGCCAUGGCAGUGAUCCACCAGGCGGCGUCCACGCUUGUGCACCACGGCAUCCGCUGCGCCCACCUGUACCUGUCUCAAAGCCAGGCCGAGCUGCCGGGCCUGCUGAACGCCGUCACAGCCGCCAGGGAGCUGCGGGCGGCAUACCAGCAGGUGGAAAGCGGCAGGCUGGAGGACUGCCCCAAGCACGCAGCGCUGCAGCGGCUGCUGGGAGGCAUCGCCACGCUGGGCCCGGGCUGCAAGGUCUGCAUCAUCGGCCACCCCAAGAGCUUCUUCACGCUGUACAAGGCGGUGCUAGACAGCGGAGCGGGGCGGGUGUGCCACUUUGACAGGGAUGGCCGCCUGCUGAGCGGCGGCGCCAGCGGCGAGCAGCUGGACGCAGCGGUGCAGCAGGCCUGCGGCGGCGCGUCCUGCCUGCUGGUGGCUGCUGAGCUGGUGCAGAGGGGCGGCUUCCCGCUGGCGGCUUUCCAGCAAGUGGUGGUGUAUGCCUCGGAGCAGGAGGGGCAGGCGCUGCGGGCGCGUCUGGCUGAGGUGGCGUGCCCUCUGCACUUCCUUGAGGUGGAGCUCCCGGCCCAGCAGGCGCAGCAUGGUGCAGCAGCGGGGCCGCCACAGCAGCGGGUGGUGCCAGGAGGGGAGCCAGGCGGGCAGCGGCAGGCGGCGCAGGGUGCAGCAGCGGGAGGAGCCGGGGCGGUGGCCUGCGUGCAGCACGCCUGCCGGCCGGCGGCGCCAGCGGUGGCCGUGGUAGCGGCCCAGCAGGUGGCGGCGGCCUCCUGCCCCGACUGGCCCGUCAUCAUCUCCAGCGACCCCUGCCGGCCCAUCAGGUCCCGCCGGGUCCUAUAUGAGGCGGUGCUGGGCGUGGAGCGGCUGGGCGGCAGCGUGGUGGAGCGGCGGCUGUCGCUGGUGGAUCUGGUGCUGUCGCCCUCGGCCGGCCUCGUGAUCUGUGACAACACCGCCAGCAAGCUGGAGUUUGAUGCCUUCUUGGCCGCGCUGGCCCCCGUGCUGGGCCGCCUCAGCUACGCCUUUGCCAGGAUCGUGCUGGUCUGUGAGGGCGGCGCCGGCUUCCAGGCCCAGGUGCUGUGCGGCACGGACCGGUUGCUGGCGCUGGGCCGCCGCUGCGGCCUGCACCUGCAGUGCCACGCCACCACCAGCGGGGAGUCCAGCGCGGCGGUGGUGGGCAGCGUGGCGCGGGCCUGGCUGGCCAGGUGGCAGGCCGCCGACCCCGGGCUGCACUACUCUGUCGCAGAGGCGCCUCCAGAGGAGGAGUCCUUGCUCACCAGGUUUUACAGCGUGAACCCCCACACCGCGGCGCUCCUGCUGUCGCUGGGCCUCAGCCUGGGCCAACUGAUGCGCCUCGACUCGCUCAACCCGCUGCAGUACGGCGGUGCACACCAGGGCGAGGUGUGGGGUGGGGUGCCGGGGCACCAGCACCACCAGAUGCACCAACAGCAGCAGCAGCAGCAGCAGGUGGCACAGCAUUAUGGCCAGGGCGAGGAAGGGCUGGACUACCAGCACGCGUAUGCGCUGCCGGAGCAGGUGCAGAAGCAGGUGCACCCUGCCGCUGUGGCCGGCGGAGGCCGUGGCGGCUACCUGGAGGGGCAGAGGGUUGCAGCAGCGCAGCAGCAGCAGCAGCAGCAGCGCUGGGAGCCAUACACUCAGAUGGACAAAGAUGUGUACCAGCACGGCCAGCAGCUCAUGCAUUCCCGCCUGAGAGUCGUGCCGGAGGCAGCACUGGGCCCACAGCAUGCUGGAUGGCAGGCCCAGCAGCAGGAGCAGCUGGAGCUUCAGUACCAGCAGCAGUACCAGCAGCAGCGCCGCCAGCAGCAGCAGCUGCUGCAGCAGCAGGCCCUGGCGGAGGCGUUCCCAGACAUCAACCCCACCCUGCCAGACUGGGAUGAGAGCCCCGGGGUGGCUGUCGGAGCUGCCGGCGGUGGCUCCAGAGAGCCGAUGGGGGCUGCGCAACAGCAGGCGUGGUGGAAGCUGCAGUGGGAUCAGGCGCAGCAGCAGGGAUACCAUCCAGGCAGUGCGCCGGGACCACACAAGCAGCUGCCUGAGCUGCCGCCGCUGGCACGGACAGCAGCUCGUGCUGGGGUGCCUGGUACAUACGGUGCCUCCUUGGCACAGCACCAGCAGCGGCAGCAGCAUGGAGCGCUGUGGCAGCGCCAGGGGCAGGAGCGGGACGAGUUUGGCGUGUCACUGCAGCCCAGCCUGUCGACUGAUGAUGAGAGCGACAUUGUGGGCCCUGCUGCCGAUGCGAUGCUGCCUGGCGCUGGCCAGGUGGCGCCCCGGGUGCAGCAGAUGCACCAGUUGCUGAUGCCGGGCCCCGGCCAGGAGGCGCCAGGGGCCGCCGCAUUUGGCGCAGCAGCGGCCACGCCGCCGUCCGAGGCCUUGCUGGGCACCCGCAAGCGCGAUUUCUGGGUGCCCCGCAUGUCCAGGCCGGUGGCCAGCCGCCAGCUGGCGCGCGGUGCCGGGAGGGUCCUGGCGGCACAGCCGGCGGCAGGGCAUGACUGGCAGGAAGCAGGCCAGGAGGAGGGGCAGCCCGGGCCUGAUGUCAAGCGCCCGCGUGGAGCAGAAGCCACCGCCGCUGUGCCCAACAGCGGCGUCAUCAACCUGCUGCACCCGGCGGCGGUCACCCUCACGGCGCCUGCCCCAGAGGAGCCGCCGUCGGCCAGCAAUGGCGCCGCCCCGCUCCCAGUACCAUCACAGGCCGAUGCGCAGCCCAAGGCGCCGGAGCCGGCGCUGUUCAGCGAUGCCUGGAAGGAGGCGCAGCGCAAGGACAUGCGGCAGGUGUUCGACUAUGAGCGGUGGAAGAUGCACCGCAGCUCGGGGCGGUACAUGCGGCACGUGGCGGGGCUGGCAGACUCGCGCAUCGUGGGGGGCCUGGUCAAGCCGCUCGCGUAUGUGGCGGUGGUCAGCUGCGGGGUGAUGGCCUACAACCUUCUGGUGGAGGCAGGCAAGCUGCCGCUGUGGCCCAUUCUCAAUGUGGCAGCCAACGCGCCCUUCGGCCUCACCUCCUUUGCCCUCUCCCUGCUCCUCGUCUUCCGCAAGGCGCUGAUGUGCCACAUCCGGGAGGGCGAGAGUUUACAGGAGGAGCUGCGCAGCACUCUGAAGCCCGAGGAGCUGGCCGGCCUGCUGGGCGCCACCCACCGCCCGCUGUACGUGUGCCAGCAGCUCACCAACCUGCUGCGCGCGGCGCAGCUGGCGGCCAACAAGGCGCGGUCUGGGGAGUGGGGCGGCGAGUAUGCGGCCAGCAUGGCGGCCUUCCGCAUGGACGAGGGCGUGGGCACCUUCACGGAUGUGGCCGGCGCGUGCGAGCGUCUGCUGCGCACCCCCAUCCCCCUGUCCUACACGCGCCACACCUCACGCUUCAUGAUGAUCUGGCUGACCCUGCUGCCCUUCACUCUGUGGACGGCCUGCCGCUGGGCCAUGCUGCCCAUCACCCUGCUCGUGGCGUUCCUGCUGCUGGGCAUCGAGGAGAUUGGCGUGAGCAUUGAGGAGCCCUUCUCCAUACUGCCGCUGGAGGCCAUCUGCCGCACCAUUGAGAGCAAUGUGCUGGAGAUACACGCGGUGGGGCCCGAGGUGCAGGCGCAGACGGUGGGCGCGUAG